UUUCUCAUUCCAUGUUUUUUGCUUGAAGAAAACACAAGUGCUGUUAACUUGCGGUGCUUAUAUUUUUCUUGUUUUUUUUUCUUCGUGACUACAGAUUAUUUCCAAAAAAUAUGACCUCUCAUCAGUCGAAAAAGGUUAAAAUGACUUCCACAUUGGAUCAUUUGAAGAAGUAUACCACAAUUGUUGCCGAUACUGGAGAUUUUGAAGCUAUCAAAGCUUACAAGCCCACCGAUGCUACAACAAACCCAUCGCUGAUCCUUUCAGCGGCCAAAAUGGAACAAUAUAAGAGUAUAAUUGACAAGGCAGUCAAACAUGGAAUCAAAGCUGGAGAAACCGAGGAGGAAAAACUUUCAGAAGCCAUGGAUAUGCUUUGCGUAUUGUUUGGUUGUGAAAUUCUCAAGAUAGUUCCCGGUCGAGUAUCCACUGAAGUAGAUGCUCGUCUAUCUUAUGACAAAGAGAAGAGCAUUGCCAAAGCUCUUAAGUUGAUUGGACUCUAUGAAGAACUCGGAGUUUCUAAGGACAGAGUUCUUAUUAAGUUAGCUUCCACAUGGGAAGGUAUUCAGGCUGCAAAAGUUCUAGAAAAAGAACACGAUGUGCAUUGCAAUCUCACUUUGUUGUUCUCCUUCUGCCAAGCUGUUGCUUGUGCAGAAGCUGAGGUUACACUUAUUUCGCCAUUUGUUGGUCGUAUCUUAGAUUGGUAUGUUAAGAAUACCGAUACAAAAUCGUUUGAGCCUGAGAAGGAUCCUGGUGUAGUAUCAGUAACAAAAAUCUACAACUACUACAAGAAAUUUGACUAUAAGACCGUUGUCAUGGGUGCUUCAUUCCGUAAUACCGGUGAAAUCAAAGCAUUGACUGGAUGCGAUUUGCUGACAAUCAGUCCUAAACUACUUGAUGAGCUUAAGGAGAGCGAUGAAUCAGUAGAUAGACUUUUGGAUCCAGCAAAUGCUAAGAAUGUUAGGUUGGAUAAAAUUUCGCUGGACGAACCUACAUUCCGUUGGAUGUUGAAUGAAGAUGUUAUGGCUAAUGAUAAACUUUCUGAAGGAAUUCGUAAUUUUGCUGUGGAUUGUCGUAAAUUGGAGGAUGUACUUAAGAAUUUGGUACGUGCUGCAAGUUCUUAAACUAAAAAAAAAGAAAAUUAUUAAGUUUGAAUGAUAUGAAGUAAUUAUCAUUGUUGUUUCUUUUGUAUUUUUGGGUAAAAAUAAACCAUUUUUUGUAAUCAUAAUAA